CCGCUAGAUGUCGAUGAUUCGUAACAGUCGCAUCAGUCGUUGACGCGUGCAGCGGCGUGUAUUUUGUUUUAUCGCUCUUUCGUUCGAUGCCGGCAAUAUUUGCAGCAUGGUACCGAUGUUAUUUGGAAACAGUCGAGAAAUGUAUCCCGACCAGUGAUACCAGAAACUGCAUUGGAGCACGCGGUGGCGCGGUCCCGCGACACACAUAACCUAUGGUCGUGUCGGUGCGCGGCGCACUCCAUCCCCACCCAUGCAAGCGCGUGCUAAUAAUGCACGGUCUCUGGUAUCACUGAUCUCGACAUUUAUCGGCGAUUUUGCCGGCGACGUCGCGAAUCAGCAGCAAUAAUCAGUCGAGUGAAAGGAUGAGCAUCGAUCGUAGCGGCGAUGCAUCACAAUCCGUGCGCGUGCAUGAAUUCGGCAAAUUUCAGGACAAUCACGGCUGGGUGCAAUGCCAGUCCAAGACUUACCCCGACCGCGUGUACUUCUACAAUACGAACAGCAGGUGCUCCACGUGGUACAGGCCGAUCUCGCGCUACGUCGAUAUUCCGUCCAUGAAGAGAAGGGUGACCAGUUCUGAUGAUAUAACAAUGGACGAAUUGGAAUUGAUGUCGGUAUCGGACAAUGAGCAGCCGGCGAAGCGUAAUGGCGAUAAAUCGUUGAUCACAGCCAGCAAGAGUAUCAUGGCACGAUAUUACACAUCCUGGCUGGCCUCAAUCUCUGACGACUCUUGCGAGACAUUUGCAACCACACGAACGAACGAAUCUCUUGAUCGCGAAACGGAUUCGAUGUCGGAUCAAUCACGGAAACCAAGGGGCCGCACGAGAGAAGAGAACAACAAUAGCAGUGACAAUUACAACGAUAAUGCGAAAGGUAAGGUGGACGUGGAAAGUGCCGCCCUGCCAAUCUUUGAGUCUUCCGAGUUGGACAACGACGAUGCUGCUGAGGCACCUUUGGCUCCCAGCCGACACUCGUGCGUCAUGCACGGCGUGCCGCGUUUGAUGAAAAUCAACCUGGAACAUCAAGUAGUCGGGCCAGUGAGGAAAAUUCGCGCCGUCAGGAAACCACGAAGAGUAACAACAUGCGAGCGCGUACCUAAACUAGAAGAACGGAAGAUCAUCAGCGACGUGUACGGCGUGAAGACCAUCAGCUACGAUCUGCCCGAUCCAGAGCAAAUGAGCAUACGAGCAGGAGGAGUGGGAGCGAGGACUUCGAGAUUGACUGAUAGCGACAGCGACGACAGCGAACCGCCACCACGUGCCGAAACGACCAAACGAUUCCUCGAACCCGACAUUGGACAGAACACACAAGCGCCAUUACUGAGCGAUUCUAGCAGUCCAUCGUCGCGGUCUAGCACGAGCAACUCUACCGCUUGCUCCACGUGCUCUACGUGCUCUACGUGCAAUUCAGAAGUCUGAUGCUCGAGUCAUCUUGGAGCAUCAAAAGAAAAAAAGUCUUUUAUUUUCUUUUUUAGUUAUAUAUGACGGACCUUAAGGUAAACAAUAUUUAUUUCUAAUUGUCAUAAAGGACGUUAUUUUUGAAUUUUUAAUUGAGCGAGAAACGAUUUAAGUACUUUCAUUAUUUUUUAUCUUAUAUUCGGCGUUGACAAAAUUACGGUGAUAAUUCAGUAAUAUUAUAUUGGGAGUACCAACUAGCAAUACUGUUUCGAUAUAAUUAUGUUUUGACAUACAAAAGACUGUCGAUUACUUAUAGUAAUCGACUAAAUAAUAUAUUCUUCUGAGUAUAAUAUCUAUAUGAACAUAAUUCUUAGUACACUUGUGAUUUAUAGUGGACGACUGUUAUAAAUGUUCGAUAAACGUAUCUAACAUAUCGAUAAUGCAAUAAUGAUUUUCAAUUAUACAUUU